AUGUCGUCAAAUAAUUUACCUGUUAUACUAUUAAGCGCAUCUAAUAAUAUUGUGGCCGCAAGUAUAAUAUCAGAGUUAAUUGAUAAUGAAAUAGAAGAUAAUGUAAGUAAGGAGGCUGGGUGGCGAGUUUGGGAGCUUGUUAACAAGUAUUAUACAGCCCAGGUGAGAGUGCUGCCUGUAAUUGAUGGUGAGGAACUGCCCGAGGUGGAAGCUCAGGCACAUAUUAUCUACCUUGCAGAAAAUGAAGGUGCAGACAUUGCAGAAGCGCGCGAAAUACGAGCGGCGAGCGUGCUUCGACGCGGUGCCGUGCGCCUCGCACUAGCAGACACAGCCGACACUGCUGAUGCGCUGAUGUCGUGGGCACUGCGCGGCCGGUACGAGGUAGUGGCGCUACGCGGGGAGCGGGACGCGACAGAGGUGGGGGAGAGGGAUGGCGCGGGGUGGGGCUGGGGGCGGGCGCGCGGCGCGCUGCACGCGCACGUGUGGCCCGGUCUGCGCCGCCGCGCGCCGCGCCGCGCGCUCCCGCCGCGCGAUACAGAGGAUUCAGAGUCGUCGGACGGCGGCGGAGCGGAGUCCGACGAGGAGGAGGAGGGUGCGGUGGAGCGCGCGGAGGCGUUCGCGGACGCGCUCGGCGUGCUCGCAGAGCUCGCUGAGCGGCGCGACGAGCGCGGCGAGCGCGAACAUGACGAGCUGCGCCGCGAGCGCGCAGAGCAGCUAGUCGCCGCCUUCUGUCGCGCGCUCGGACACGACCUCGACUCUUGUUGA